CCAUCUCCAACUACUCCCAGACCAGUGGAUUCUUCUCAGUAGAGAGAACGAACGCUGACCAGGGAGUGCAAAGAACUGAGUGGCUGGGCCCAAGAAAAGUAGCCCUCUUCUGAGAGAAAAGCCAGAAGGAGAUGAUGGCUACCAAGCCAGAGAAGAGGAUGGCCUCCUCCAUCUUCAUCACCCUGACUCCCCCUCGCCGGGACACAGCAAUGGUGGAUGAGGUGAGACAGGCAGCCUGUGCGAGUCGGGCCAGUCGGGCCCGGGAACCUCCCUUGUCCAAGAAGCCUCCCAGCGAUUUUCCAGUGGGCAAACAGGACUCAAGGGUGCCCAGCAUUCCCACAGCACUGCCCCCACCUGUUCUUCUACCUAAUGGAGGGUCCUCCCUCCCUCCUCCAGUCCCAGAUCCUGAGGACAACUUCCCUGACCUGGAUCUCCUCCCACCACCACCACCCCCUCCAGCCUUCUUGCUCCCACCAGAUGAGGACUGCCUGGCCCAGGAUGGGGAUUCACUCUCAGAAGAUCUCCAGCAGUUGCAUGUAGCCCCUCCCCCUCCCCCACCACAGGUCCUAACUGAGCCCCACCAACUCAAGCCUAAACCCAAUCACUUCAAGGGAGUAGAGGAAGAGCUGCCACCACCUCCUGAAGAGUCAGAUGGCAUCCCAGAAAGGGAGGAGUCCACAGACAUCUGUGCCUUCUGCCACAAGGUUGUGUCCCCCCGGGAGCUGGCUGUGGAGGCCAUGAAGAGACAGUACCAUGCUCAAUGUUUCACAUGCCGGGCCUGCAACAGACAACUGGCAGGCCAGCUUUUCUACCAGAAGGAUGGCCGGCCCCUCUGUGAGCCCUGUUAUAAGGACACUCUAGAGAAGUGUGGCCGGUGUCAGGCUGUGGUCCUAGAACACGUCAUCCGAGCUCUUGGCCAGACCUUCCACCCAGACUGCUUCACGUGUGUGGUGUGCUCCCGGCGCAUUGGGGAUGAGAGCUUUGCUUUGGAUGACCAGAAUGAAGUCUACUGUUUGGAUGACUUCUACAGGUAUCUUAGCUGGAAUCCUUCUCUUUUGCAGGAUUGCCGGGUCCCCCUCUCUGUGGAGCCCACAGACCAAGGCUGUUACCCGCUGAAUGACCGGCUCUUCUGCAAACCAUGUCACGUCAAGCGCAAUGCAGCAGGAUUGCAGUAGAAAGUGCUGCAUGGGCUCCUGGCCCCAUCUCAGAGAAAUGAGCAUGUGUGAUGAUUCCCACCCUGGGACACUUCCUAUGUCCUCCACAGCCUCCAUUUCCCUUCUUUGUCUGCUCUUGCAAAAGCCAUCCUAAAACCACAGGGAGAUUCCCAUCUGCAGGAAUGCCAGAGAUAUCUGAAGGCUGUGAGGAGGACUCUCCUUCACCCCCAAACUUAUGUCUUCAGCUUGAAAGAAAACAGCUUGGUAUCAAUGAACCAAUCCCCCCCAAAAAAUCAAUAAAUAGUUGAUAAAUGC